AUGCAUCAUUUCUGCGAAGAUGUAGAUGUUGUGCAUGGUGGAGGAGUAGGUCUUGAAGAUUGCACUGAAACAAGAUGCAGCAGCGAUGGCCCAGCUAUCCAGUUCCCAUUUCGACUGAAAGGUAGGCAACCGGCCCAUUGUGGUUACUGGGGCUUUGAUCUUUCAUGUACCAAAGACAACCAGACACUGCUUGAGAUGCCAUCAUCAUUUAAGCUCUUUGUUACAGAGAUUGACUACACAUCACAGCAAAUUGGAGCAGCUCUUACACUUGAUUGCUUGGACAGAGACAUUUUCUACCACGGUUCCUCUUCUGCCUUCAGAUAUGCAGGCAACACAAGCUUAUUCAGUUGCCCACCAUCAACUGUAAGAGAUCAAUAUAUUACAGACAAUUUUCGUUGUCUGGCAAGAUUGAGCCCUUGCCAUGGUAAUCCAGGCAACCAUAUUUAUGCUUAUGCUUUAGGGCGAGGUUGUUCUAUUGAUAAAACACCCCUAGUGUCUUGUACCAAGGUGCAUGACUACAAAGAUGCUCUUGCAUGCACAGAUGAUUUCUCAGGCAUGGCUCUCCACUGGUCCAUACCAUCUUGUCAACAUUGUGAAGAGAAGGGCAAGCUAUGUCGGCUGAAGAAUGGAUUCAUAAAUCAGACAGAUCCUCAAACUCAAUGCUGGCAUCAGUUGGAUGUACCCAAAGCCAAAGGUCACAAACGUGGAGCUCCAACUAUAGAGAUAUUAGGUGAGAAUCCAGAAGUUUCUAUUAUUCUUAUAGUGACGGGAACAAAAAUCUACUAUGUCUAUAGCUCUGUGAAAAGAGAAGAAGAAAAUCAGCUGAGAAUUAAAAGAUUCUUGGAUGACUACAGAGCUCUUAAGCCAAGCAGAUAUUCUUAUGCAGAUAUUAAGAGGAUAACAGAGCAGUUCAAGGAGAAGCUGGGUCAAGGGGCCUAUGGAACUGUGUUUAAAGGUAGGCUUUCCUCUGAAUUACUUGUUGCUGUGAAAAUCCUCAACAAUUCAAAUGAGAAAGGGGAAGAUUUUAUUAAUGAAGUGGGCACAAUGGGUCAAAUCCACCACGUCAAUGUGGUACGCUUGGUUGGUUACUGUGCUGAUGGAUUUAUACGAGCUCUUGUUUAUGAAUUCUUACCAAACGGUCCACUCCAGAAUUUCUUAUCACCAGCAGAUAAUGAGAGUUCGUUCCUUGGUUGGGAUAAGUUGCAAGAUAUUGCUUUAGGUAUAGCGAAAGGAAUUGAAUAUCUUCACCAUGGUUGUGAACAACAAAUCCUCCACUUUGACAUCAAACCCCAUAAUGUGUUGCUAGACCAUGAUUUCACUCCAAAAGUUUCCGAUUUUGGUUUAGCCAAGUUGUGCUCUAAGGAUCAAAGCGCGGUAUCCAUGACUGCAGCGAGGGGAACCAUGGGCUACAUUGCACCAGAAGUCUUCUCUAGGAACUUCGGUAACGUGUCAUAUAAGGUAGAUGUCUAUAGUUUUGGAACAUUGCUUCUUGAAAUGGUUGGGGGCAGAAAGAAUUUCAAAGUCAUGGAAGACUCCACCAGCCAAGUCUACUUCCCAGAAUGGAUCUAUAACCUCUUAGAACAAGGGAACGACCUUCGCAUCUAUAUUGGGGACGAAGGAAAUGUUGAAAUUGCUAAGAAACUUGCAGUUGUGGGUCUAUGGUGCAUCCAAUGGUAUCCAAUAGACCGUCCUUCCAUGAAAACAGUAGUUCAAAUGUUGGAAAGGGAAGGUGACAAUCUGACCAUGCCCCCUAAUCCUUUUGCCUCUACUUCAUCUUCGAGUUGAAUGAGAAUUCAUGUGCCAGCAAGAGCAACCAGUCAAGCUCAGGUG